CAGCAGCGAGGAUGGAACUGGCCGACUGCGGGUGCUGGAUCUGGCCUGUAGGAGGAGACGUCGGGCACAGAGGUGGCACUUUAGAUCUUGGCCUCACUAUAUCAGGGCACCAAGGGUGGCACAGGGCACCGCUGCUGUGAUUGCGAGCACAAAGUGUAGGGAAACACAGCCCAGGUAACAUUUGGUCUAAUCUGGUAGACUGGUUUACAAAUAAAGGUGUAAAGUUUGAAAAUUUGGUAUUUUCUUUGCUUUGUGGUUUAAGGUCUCAUUGCAGAACAAAAUGGGAGAUGCUGAAGCGGGCAAGAAGAUCUUUAUUCAGAAAUGUGCUCAGUGCCACACAGUGGAAAAAGGGGGAAAGCACAAGACAGGUCCAAAUCUCUGGGGCCUUUUCGGCCGAAAGACAGGACAAGCCCCAGGAUAUUCUUACACGGAUGCAAACAAGAACAAAGGUGUUGUCUGGACAGAAGUAACUUUGAUGGAAUAUUUGGAGAACCCAAAGAAAUUCAUCCCUGGCACUAAAAUGAUCUUUGCUGGCAUCAAAAAGAAGAGUGAGAGAGAAGAUCUUAUUCAGUAUUUGAAACAGGCAACAUCCUCAUGAAAUAGUAUUGCAGCUUCAAAAGUAUUAGUUCUCACUUUCAGAUAUUGUGUUUAAUAAGAAGCAAUUUAUGCUCUUUCUUGAUCAGCCUGUAGUAAUUUUAACACAUUAAAAUAAAGGUUGAUAUUUUU